UGAAUGAGACGCCCCCUAGUCAGGUUCUCUCCGGGGCUCAGCGUGUGUUUUGGAUCUCUGUGGCCGGGGUGGAGGGUGAGGAUGUCGGCUAAAGCGGGUAAGCAGCGCCGCGGCGGAGCGGAGCCGCAGGAUGAGGAGCAGCUGCCGCUGCAGGCGGUUCUGGUGGCGGACAGCUUCAACCGCCGCUUCUUCCCCAUCUCCAAGGACCAGCCGCGGGCUCUGCUGCCUCUGGCCAACGUCUCCAUGAUCGACUACACUCUGGAGUUCCUGACGUCCACAGGAGUUCAGGAGACAUUCGUCUUCUGCUGCUGGAUGUCCAACAAGAUCAAAGACCAUUUACUGAAGUCUAAGUGGUGUCGUCCCACGUCUCCGAACACGGUCCACAUCAUCACGUCGGACCUUUACCGCUCCCUGGGGGACGUCCUGCGGGACGUGGACGCUAAGUCUCUGGUCCGGUCGGAUUUCGUGCUGGUGUACGGUGACGUGGUGUCCAACAUCGACCUGUCCCACGCCCUGCAGGAGCACAGGGUGCGUCGAAAGCAGGAUAAGAACGUGUCGGUGAUGACCAUGAUCUUUAAAGAGUCAUCACCGGGACACAGGACUCGCUGUGAUGAAGAUGACAUCAUCGUCGCUGUGGACAGCAAGAGCAAACGGGUUCUUCACUACCAGAGAACCCGCGGCCUGAAGAAGCUGCAGUUCCCCAUGAACAUCUUCCACAGCAGCAGUGAUGAAUUUGAGAUCCGUCACGAUCUUCUGGACUGUCACAUCAGUAUCUGUUCUCCACAGGUGGCUCAGCUCUUCACAGACAACUUCGACUACCAGACCAGGAAUCACUUCGUUCGUGGGAUUCUCGUCAACGAGGAGAUUUUGGGGAAUCAGAUCCACAUGUACGUGAGUAAGGACGGGUACGGGGCGCGGGUCUCUAAUCUGCUGAUGUACGACUCUGUGUCGUCGGAUCUGAUUCGCCGCUGGGUUUACCCCAUCACCCCCGAGGCCAACUUCACCGACGCUGAGGGGCGGAGCUGCACACACUCCCGCCACAACGUGUACCGCGAGCCCGGCGUCAGCCUGGGACACGGCAGCCUGAUGGAGGAGAACGUGCUGAUUGGCUGGAACACCGUGAUCGGCUCCAACUGCACCAUCUCCAACACCGUCAUCGGCGCCGACUGCGUCAUCGGAGACGGGGUGGUGCUGGACCGGGCGUAUAUAUGGAACGGUGUGCGUAUCGGUAACGGUGUGACGGUGAGACAGUCGCUGAUCUGUGACGGGGUGGAGGUGAAGCACGGCGUCACGCUGAAGGAGCGCUGCGUUCUCGCCUACAACGUGUCUGUGGGUCCGAGCGUCUGUCUGUCUGAGGGCACGGUGGUCUCCAUGCAUCACCCGGACGAGCAGGAGGACGAGGACGAGGACGAGUUUCUGAGUGAUGAUAACGAUACCGCUCUGAAUAAAGACAAGAGUAAACAGAAAGCGUUUAAUCCAGCAGAGGUUGGGUCUGAGGGGCGGGGCUACCUGUGGAAGGCCAGCAGCCUGGACGAUACCGAGGACGACGAGUGUCCACUGUGUAUCUGGGGGGAGGAGCUAAUGUCUGACACCGACAGCGACAGUGGAAGUGACAUCAGUGGCGGAUCACAUGACCCAGAGGGACCCUCGGGCUCGCCGAUGGAAGACCCGGACGACCUUAAAGUGUUUCAGGUGGAGGUGCAGGGAACUCUGCAGAGGGGUCUGGAGGAGAACAUCGGCUGUGAUAAUCUGGUGCUGGAGAUUAACUCACUCAAGUAUGCGUAUAACAUCACGCUGAAGGAGGUGAUGCAGGUUCUGACCCGGGUGGUUCUGGAGUUUCCCUUCCAGCAGAACGGAUCUCAGAUCAGCCCAGCCCAGUACUCCGCCCUGCUGCUCCCGCUGCUGAAGCGCUUUGCUCCGGUGUUUAAGAACUACGUGAAGCGAGAGCAGGAUCAGAUGGACUGUCUGCUCUCUCUGGAGGAGGUGUUCCUGGAGCACGACUCUCAGUGGCCUGCACUGGUCAAGGUUCUGAUGAGCGUGUACGAGUUGGAGAUUCUGGAGGAGGACACCAUCAUGCGCUGGUUCUCCCAGAAGAACACCACAGAUAAGGGUCAGCAGCUGCGUAAGAACCAGGGGCUGCUGAAGUUCAUCCAGUGGCUGGAGGAGGCUGAGGAGUCUUCAGAAGGGGACGAGGAGUGAAGAUCAGAGGGGUGUCGUCAUCUUUUUCACCAGGGCUUCUCGUGAUCGGACACAAUCAGACUCAAUCUGACCUUAAACUGACCUUAAUCAGACUAAAGGACCUGUUUGGACUUUAUUUCUUGGUUUUUCAGACUUUAUUUCAGCAGAAUCCUGUGGACUCGACCUUCUGACCCACGCCGAGUUUGAGAUGAAGUAAAGUGUAACGUGUGGCGAUGUUUUGCUGCUUGAUGGAUGUAAAACAUAUUUAAAAGAAUUGAACACAGGAAA